ACAUUAAUAAUCAAAAUGGUGAAGGCGUGUGUGGCUGUUGGUUGCACUAACAGAGAAGAUGGAAGGAGAGACUUGAAGUUUUACCGUAUUCCGAGGGAUCCAAAGAGGAGAGCGAAAUGGACGGCUGCAAUUCGACGUGAUAACUGGGCACCAAAAAAUCACCACAGACUAUGUAGUAGUCAUUUUAUAUCCGUUUUGGCUCUUCAGGCGAGGAAAAAGAGGGGCAAAGCCAAGAAGACCUGCAAAAAGCAGACGGCAAAUCCCAGAAGUCGUCAGCAGGCCCAACAUGAAGCUUCGCCUCGGGAACCUGAAGAACCCGAGGAAAUUCUCGGCUCUGACGAUGAAGAACAGGAGGAUCCCAAUGACUAUUGCAAAGGGGGUUACCAUCAUGUAAAAGUAGGCGACCUUUACAAUGGAAAAUAUCACGUCAUCCGAAAACUAGGUUGGGGACACUUCUCAACUGUGUGGCUCGCCUGGGACAUCCAAAUGAAACGGUUUGUUGCAAUGAAGGUGGUUAAGAGUGCAGAACACUACACAGAAACAGCUGUGGACGAGAUCAAACUUCUCAAGUCUGUAAGAAACUCUGAUCCGGAUGAUCCUAAACGGGAGAUGGUGGUCCAGAUGUUGGAUGACUUUAAGAUCUCUGGUGUCAAUGGAACCCAUGUCUGCAUGGUGUUUGAGGUUUUGGGCCAUCACUUACUAAAGUGGAUUAUCAAAUCAAAUUACCAGGGUUUGCCCCUACCCUGUGUAAAGAGCAUCAUUCGCCAGGUUCUCCAAGGCCUUGACUACUUGCACACAAAGUGUCAGAUCAUCCACACAGACAUAAAGCCUGAGAAUAUCUUGAUGAGUGUUGAAGAGCCUUAUGUCCGUAAACUUGCAGCAGAAGCCACAGAAUGGCAGCGGGCGGGGGCCCCACCUCCCUCGGGCUCAGCAAUUAGCACCGCACCUGCUCCAAAACAGAGUGUGAAAAUGUCAAAAAAUAAGAAGAAGAAAUUAAAAAAGAAGCAAAAGCGACAAGCGGCAUUGCUGGAAAAGUGCAUCAUGGAUCUAGAGGAGAUGGAAAAAAUCACAGAGACGCGGGACGAAGAUGACGAUGUCGAUGAGGAGCCGGCAUCUCCCAAGGGCCGAGCCUGUGCGCCUUUGAGGCAGACAUCUUUACAGAAUAUGGGGAAACAAGACGUACAUGAGACCGACGUGAAUGAAGACGGAUUGUGUGAAUUGAGCUGUAACGGGCAUGUGGAGGUGGAACAAAGACUCCCCCGGUGGAUGGAGGAAGACCAACAUAACGGCAACUCUGUCGAGAAAAAGCACCACACAAUCUGCAAUGGUUUGGACGGCGCCGACCUUAAGGAGGGGAUGCACACUGACAUCGAGGGAGCUCACUGCAGCAAGGUGUCGGCCAGGCACCUGUCUGCCGGUCUGGAGCAGGAGCUUAAAGGGAACAUUUGUCUAGAGCAGGGAGAAGAUGGAAGCGAGGAAAGUCUGCAAAAUGGCAAGCAAACCGCGGGAUCCCUGCUGGUCAACCCCCUUGAGCCAAUAAAUGCAGACAAGAUCAAGGUCAAGAUUGCAGACUUGGGAAAUGCCUGCUGGGUGCACAAGCACUUUACCGAAGACAUCCAGACACGACAGUACCGCUCCUUAGAGGUGCUCAUUGGAGCCGGUUACAGCACACCAGCAGAUAUUUGGAGCUCAGCGUGCAUGGCCUUUGAACUCGCUACAGGAGACUACUUGUUUGAACCACACUCUGGUGAAGAUUAUUCCAGGGAUGAAGACCACCUUGCGCUCAUGAUCGAGCUGCUCGGUACAGUGCCUCGCCAUUAUGCUCUGAGUGGGAAAUACUCACAGGAAUACUUCACAAAAAAAGGGGACCUGAAACAUAUCACCAAGCUAAAGCCGUGGGGGUUGCUAGAGGUGCUGGUGGACAAGUACGAAUGGCCCCGCCAAGAGGCAGAAUGCUUUGCCGAUUUUCUGCUUCCCAUGCUAGAGCUGGUUCCCGACAAGAGGGCCACAGCGGCGGACUGCCUCCGUCACCCCUGGCUGGCCCUCUAGUGGACCUCUUCCCUUCCAAUCUCUGCGGAGAAUGCAACAGAUCACUUUCCAGUUCGGGCAUAUCAUAUGAAUAUUUAUUUCUCUUGUUGUUCUUUGAGUUCCAUGCGUGUCGGUUCUCCCUCAGCGUGAUGGGAUGUUACCCGGUCUGCUUCGACUGCUGUGAUCGACCUGGAGAACCAGUUCUUGUAUCGCUAGUGACUCCUCUUUGUUUGUUCUACUCCUGCACUAAAACCAACCCAGACAAACCAUGGGUAUGUAGCCGUACUGUCCCCGCAGCAUCGUUAGUGCUGUCUUUCUUUUUAACUGGGUCUUUUAUCUUCAAUUAAACCUGUAUGAUAAACAUUUUUUGUAUUUUCAAAGAAGGCUUAGGAAAUUGCACACGGGGAUGGCAUUUACACUGACUGCAACAUUGCAUCUUGCAACAUUUCUCCCGGAAUUAUUGUGGUUAGACACGGAUUUCUUGUCUCUUGAUGCAAAAGCCUCCUCAGAUGUUUUGAUGCUCUGUAAUAGUUAAUAAUGGUUGCAAUAAUUUGCGAACUCCUUUCAACUCCAUUUCAUUUGAGAAUGGUGCAAAUAUAUGUGAAUGAGCGCAACUAACAUUGUGCUUGAACUGCAUUCACCUGAAAGUGUACUCUGAAAGGAUUUGCAAAUAUAGUAUUUUUCCACACAUUCAAGAUUUAUUUGGUGUUUUUCUUUAGCCAUAAUUCAAUUUAGCCUAGAAUAAAGAAGCGCUUUCAUCGUCGUUGAAUGCUGGUAUUCUUCCAGAGUCUGUGUUCCCCCACCUUAAUUGAGCCAAGGCACAUAUUUUCUAUUGGAAAAAAAAAUGCACACAACUAAAAGUUCUUCCUGUCAGUAUAUGUCACUGCCAUAGAUAGUUGAUCAAAGAUGUGUUUUGUGGUAAAUGCAUGCAGCUAAAUUGUUUAGUUGGGAAUUAACUGACAAUUCAGGAGUGCAACAGGAAGCCCAUCGAAUUGGGGGUGGGGGUGUAUACUGUAUAUCUGUACCAAAGAGUUUGCCUUUCUAUGAAUAUAUAUUACAGUUAUGUACAGUUUUGGACAAAUCGUAUAUCUUAGAUAACGUGACAUAGCUGGGUAGCUGUGUUUUAAUAAACAGACUGAUGUUUGGUGAUGGUGCAUAUAUGUGGCCUACAAGGACCAUUGUGUGUGUGUGUGUAUGUGUGAGAAAAAGUGACAAGCUCGGCCUAGAAUAAAAAUGUUGCUUACAGCACCAGGUCAUGUGAAGUGUUCUAUCCUAAAAAAUAUCACAUCGCUGCAUACAACGUCUCUCAGGUCCAUCAGGGGUUUUCUGUAAAGUGGGGAAAAAAAAAAAAUUAGUCUGGACUAUUUUUCUUUUUUUGUUAUUCAGUAAUCUUGUCUGCAUUGUUUUUAAGCGUGUGUCUCACAUAUCACGUGUUGAGUACGUGAAACAGAACACUGAGGACAAUGGAGAAGUUAGUGGAAUGGCAUACUAAUACGAGUGAAAGUAAUGUAGAUAACACCUCUUGUAGUGCAGGGGUGGGCAAAUGAACAAAGUGUUCUUUCAUCUGGCGACAGAGAACUUAUGUUAAACAAAGAACUACUAUUUUGCAACUGAUUACAGUGAGCUAUCAGUUGAUUCACUUGAAUGACGUAACAAAUUUGCUCCAAGUUUUAAUCAUAUGUAUUCAAUAAUAGGGCCUUGUGAAGUCAUUGUGUUAAAUUUACAAUACAUGAACACAUAAAUCCCUGCAAGUGAGCAUUUUCAAACGGACACUGGUACUAAGGAUUCAUGUCUCAUCAUGGAAGAGCAGUACAUCCAGGGGGGCAACCUGGUACAUGUGGACACCAUGUUUUUGGCUCUGGAUUUAUAUGAUGAAGCGUUCAGCAAUAAAUAGGCUUGAUUCAUUAUACCUAAUGUGUUUAGUACUUCUUUUGAAUAUUACAGUGAAAUAUUUCUAAAAAGUGUUUUAGAAUUUGUCAGAUUGAUGUUUUUCGGCAGCAAAAUUAGUAAAACAAUGUUGCUAAACAGUAUAUUCAAAAGGCCUUUUCCCAUUUCUUGAAGUUUACUGAGGAAAUUUAAACAUCUUAAGCAUGCCUUUAGACAAAUCUGAUUGGUUUAUGGACAUUUUAGUUAAUGGGAAACAUCUGGAUGCUUUUGACGUUACUCAUGAAAGACUAGGAUCAUGGAAAAGAAAAUAUACUAAUAUCUAAAUAUCAAAUAAGCUAUCAGGAAGAUGAACUGGAAUAUCAGAACCAUGUGGGGUUUUGCUUUAGGAGGGAAUGGUGCUCUUCAUAAACAUGACAUUAGCAAAGCACAUUAUUUACAAAUACUGAUCUACAACUUUGCUUUUCAAAUGGACAAUAACCCAAAGCAUACUGUUUCAGUGCCAUUGACAGCAAUAGAUGCCCAAUUAAUUUUGAUUAGGAGGGCUAGCAGGGAAUGAUUGCGCUCAACUCUCCCAGUCAAAAUGGAUUGGAAGUCCAUUGGCGUCAAAGGCCGUUAAGGGGCUCCUACCUACCUGCACCAUCCAGCUCAAAAUCUUCUGGCAGCAGUUUGUCCUGCCUGCUGCCCAGUGUGAAAGAGAGAAGGGCCAGCAGGAGAGCGUCUAGGAUGCUGAUGAUGGCCAAUAUGUAGGCCCAGCGCACCGUGCAGUUCCCCAGGCUGUACUUGUCGGUCCGCUGGCCACACAUCCUCUUCACCUCAGGGGCAUCCCAGCCGUCAGGAUAGAUCAUGCACCCCAUCACCAUCAAAACAGCUACCAUCGACAUUUAAAAGAUUUGCUUCAUGUAUUUUCAUUAUUCGAACAAAUGCCUGUCAUUUCCUCAAAAGGGGUCUUGCUUUUGCAGUAUACAGUGGUAUGAAAAAGUAUCAACUUUUUGGAAUUUCUCAUUUCUGCAUAAAAUCACCAUCAAAUGUGAUUUGAUCUUUGUCAAAAUCACAGAGAUGUAAAAACGGCUUUAACUAAAACCAAACAGUUAUUGGUUUUCAUAUUUUAAUGAGGAUAGCAUGCAAACAAUGACAAAUGAGGGGAAAAUAAGUAAGUGAACACUCUGCCUAAGGAGACGUAAAGAGCUAUUAAAACCUAUUUUUACCAAACCAUUUAAGUCAGGUGUGUUCCCAAUCACUGAUGGGUGGUUUAAAGCUGCUCUGCCCACUAUAAAACACACACCAGGUAAAAAAUUGUCUUGAUGAGAAGCAUUGUCUGAUGUGCAUCAUGGCUCUGUCACAAGAGCUGUCUGAAGACCUGCGAUCAAGGAUUAUUGAUUUGUACAAAGCUGUCAAUCGACAGUCAGAGAAGUUGUCUAUAAAUGGAGAGAGUUUAGCACUGUUGCUUCUCUCCCAAGGAGUAGCCGUCCACCAAAGAUGACGUUAAGAGUUCAGCGCAGAAUACCCAAGUAAAGAAGAACCCUAGAGUGUCUGCUGAAGACUUACAGAAAUCACUGACACAGUCCAAUAUCUCUGUGCACACAUCAAUGAUAUGUUAAACUAUGGCCAAGAAUGGUGUUCAUGGAAAGACUCCAUGGAGGAAGCCACUGCUGUCUAAACAUUGUUGCAAAAUAUUUUGUGGACUGAUGAAAACAAAGUUGAAUUGUUUGGGCUUAACACAACGUCAUGUGUGGAGUAAAAAUGGCUCAACAACUUCAACACCUCAUUCCCACCGUGAAGCUUGGUGGAGGGAGCAUCAUGAUUUGGGGCUGUUUUGCUGCUUCAGGGCCUGGACAACUUGCAAUCAUUAAUGUAAGAAUCAAUUCAAAAGUUUAUCAGGAUGUUUUGCUGGUAAACCUGAGGCCGUAUGUCAGUCAGUCGAAGUUAAAAAAAAAAAAAAAAAAAGGAUGGAUGCUGCAACAAGACAAUAAACCAAAACACAGAAGUAAAUCAACUUCACAAUGGUUUCAGAAUAAAAAAAAUACAUGUUCUGGAGUGGUCAAGUCAAAGUCCAGACUUGAACCCCAUUGAGAUGCUGUGGCAUGACCUAAAGACAGCGAUUCAUGUCAGACAUCCCAUGAAUCUGACUGAACUACAGCAGUUUUGUAGAGAAGAAUGGGCCAAGAUUAGUCCUGAUCGAUGUGCCAGACUGAUCUGCAGCUACAGGAUGUUGUGAUCUGCAAACGCGGAAACAAGGUUGGACCUCACACAAACAACUGAGGGAUGCGUACAAGGGUUUAUUAAAUACAAUACAAAACAACACGCAGUCAUGGUCAAAAUGGAAAGUAACAAAACGGGUCCAUGACAGAAGGUCGACGGGGAUCAAUAUAUAUAAACGCGAGGGUAAACCUAGGUGGUAGGCAGAGAGCCAAUAAAACAAAAUACAGUCACGUGCCUGCACAGGGUAGAGGAAUACAAAACUAAGGCGGCAGACGGUCAAAAACCCUAGGCCUGGGGCAAAAUAACAAAAUACAAGGCUACUUGAAAGUACAACAUGUCGAAUGGCGACCAGCAAAGAAAUAUCUCUGCGCCCUUCCAGUGGAUCGCCUGCGUCUUUAUACUAUUGUUGAUGAGCAAGAAUUAGCUGCAGGUGCGAUGUCGGGAACGCCCUCACAGCCGGCUCUGUAAAAAAACUAAAUCUGACCAGGAGCAGAACGUGACACAGGAAGCGUCUGGUUGAAGUAAUUGCUGCCAAAGCAGAGGCCACACAAUAUUAAAUCUAUGGUUCACUUACUUAUUUUUCCCCCUUCUGUCAUUGUUUCCAUAGUAUCUUCAUUAAAAUAUGAAAACCUAUAAAUAUUUAGGUGGUUUAUAGUUAAAGCAGACCGUUUUUUCAUCUGUGUGAUUUUGACAAAGAUCAGAUCACAUUUGAUGGUGAAUUUAUGCAGAAUUGUGAGAAAUCCCGAAAGGUUCAGAUACUUUUUCAUAUCACAGUACAAUAUUUACAUCUUAACACAAUGGUAAGUAGCCAAUAGCUUUGUCAGAGGGAUUGAAAUGUUUUUGAAGCUUUAGGUUGUGACUUUUUGUCUUGUCAUCACAGUAUUGUUGGAGGUGCGAAUGUGUUGAAGAGACACCUGAAGGUGACUAACAUGUAACUAAAGACCCCCCAGAGGUGUUAGUGUGCGCACUGUAACCAGACGCUCAAAGUUACAAUGCAUUCCUGCAACAUGAAGCCAGUAUGCCUCGCCUUUGUUUCCUUAGUAAAGAUCAUGUUGAGAGCCAACUUCAUCUUAGAGGAUGCACGAACACCCUAAAAAUGGCAACACUUUAUUUGAAUG